CUUUCUCUUCUCUCUCUCUCUCUCUUUCUUCCCCUUAAUCUCCAUUUCAUCUCUCCUGUUCAUCCCUUUCUCUGAAUUCUAUCCUCUCUCCAAUUCGAUUUAUCGGCAAUAACAAUGGCUGCUGCUCAAGGUUACCCUCUUCUCUGUCUGGAGAACCCUCUCCUCGACAUCCAGGUUGUUGGCGAUGCCGCCCUCCUGGCCAAGUAUGACCUGAAGGAUAAUGAUGCCAUUCUUGCUGAGGAUAAGCACAUGGGCCUCUAUGAAGAACUCUUCGAGAAACAUGAUGCUAAGCUGAUUGCUGGUGGUGCCGCUCAGAACACCGCCCGUGGUGCCCAGUAUAUUCUUCCCAGCAACUCCGUCCUCUACAUCGGCUGCGUUGGUAAGGACAAAUACGCUGAGAUCCUCAAGGAGACCUGUGAGAAGGCUGGUGUCCACACCGAAUACCGUGUCGAGGAGGCCCAGCCCACUGGCAAGUGCGGUGUUAUUAUCACCGGCCACAACCGUAGUCUGUGCACUCACCUUGCUGCUGCAAACGAGUACAAGCUUGAACAUCUUAAGCAGCCCCACAUCUGGUCCCUCGUGGAGAAGGCCAAGUACUACUACGUUGGUGGUUUCCACUUGACUGUGUGUGUGCCUGCCAUCCAGGCUCUCGGUGAAGAGGCUGCUGCGAACAACAAGGUCUUCAUGCUUUCUCUGUCUGCCCCUUUUAUUCCCCAAUUUUUCAAGGAACAGCUGGACAGCGUCCUUCCUUACACCGAUUACACAUUCUGUAACGAGACUGAGGCCCGCGCAUACGCCGAGAGCCACGACUGGAAGACCGAUGAUGUCGUUGAGAUUGCCAAGAAGCUGGCUCAGCUGCCCAAGAAGAACACUGCUCGCCCCAGAGUUGCUAUUGUGACCCAGGGCACUUUGCCCACCGUCACUGCCACCGUCAACGCCAAGGGUGAGCUUGAGGUCAAGGAAUUCCCUGUCCGUGAGAUCCCCAAGAGCAGCAUUAACGACACCAAUGGUGCUGGUGAUGCCUUCGCGGGUGGUUUCUGCGCCGGUAUUGUCGAGGGCAAGACUCUCGAGCAGAGCAUCGACAUGGGCCAGUGGCUCGCCAGUCUGAGCAUCCAAGAGCUUGGACCUUCUUUCCCCUUCCCCAAACAGGCCUAUACCCCUAUUUCCCGCUCUUAAAACAAAAAGUUUCACGACACCCCCAUCUGCCAUUUCGGGCUCAUAGUACCCGGCUUUGACAUUUCUUCCCUUCUUUUCUCCCUCUUGAUCUAGGAUUCAACCUUCUAUACCCAAUUUGUCCUUGACUUAACGUCUUAGACGUAUAUUAUCUCAUUUUUCACGUGAAAAUGCGCUCCCGGUACCCUAACGAUAAAAAGAAAACAUAAUAUAGACGGAGUUGCAAGAGAUGGCGUUCUCAACAACGAUUUUAAUGAUGGUUUGCAUAUGUACUUUCUGUCAGCCUCUGUGAUGGCUUCGUUUGGUCCAUCCAUCUUCAACAAUCUAUUUACUAUACUAUACUAUACUGUCAUACAUUAUCGUAACCCCGAAACCCAGUUAUUGGGAAGGGAGGGGUGAGAUGAAAUAAAAUAAAGAAAAUAAAUCAGAUAAUCAAUAAUUGAUGUUGGGACUGAUAUAACUAGCUAGCCUUCUGAAUAAGAGAAGAAA